ACGCAGGGGCAGCUCGGCUCCUUCAGGUUCAAGCAUUGCUUAAGCUGCAUCAAUGGAGCACUUACAAGGGGCUUGGAAGACAUCAGCAGCGGUUUUGGAUUCAAGAUGCCAUGUUUGAUGGCUCCAGUUGCACCUCCCCUACAACAGCUCAGCAAUUUGGCCACAGCAGUUACAGGCCACAGGGCUGGUCUCGGAGGAUGGCCCUGAACUAAGCAUCCCCUCCUCCCUCCAUGCGUGGUGGGUCUCAGCAUAGAUUCUGCCUCUGGGUUCAAGCUAACUGGACGGGUCAGAGGUCAGAGGCCACAGACCAGCAAGAAUUCAAGCCCUGUUUCUGGGAUUUCCACUGAACGUGUUCCAUCUACUUUUCCUGCUUCCGGGUUGGAACUAAGGGUUUAGUAGUAGCCACCAUGGGCACCGCAAAUUCCAGAAGCCCCAAGGCAGAACCUCAGGUGGUGAUGAUGGGCCUGGACUCAGCGGGCAAGACCACACUCCUGUACAAGCUGAAGGGCCAUCAGCAGGUACAGACCCUUCCCACGGUCGGUUUUAACGUGGAGCCCCUCGAAGCUCCUGGGAACCUGUCACUGACCCUCUGGGACAUUGGGGGGCAGCCCCAGCUCAGGGCCAGCUGGAAGGACUAUCUGGAAGGCACAGACAUCCUCGUGUAUGUGCUGGACAGCACAGACAAAGCCCGCUUGCCUGAGGCUGUGGCUGCCCUCCUGGAAGUCCUGGCCAGCCCCAGCAUGGCUGGCGUUCCCUUGUUGGUGCUGGCCAACAAGCAGGAGGCACCCGAUGCCCUCCCCCUGCUGGAGAUCAGGGACAGGCUGGGCCUGGAGAGACUGCAGGAGCAUCGUUGGGAGCUCCGGGCCUGCAGUGCCCUCACCGGGGAGGGGCUGUCUGAGGCCCUGAAGAGCCUGCGCAGCCUCCUGAAACCCAGUAGUCACCGGUAUCACCUGUGAGGGCCGCAGGGGCAACACCAAGCUGGAACAGCAAGCUAAACCAAGCAGACCACAGCUCUGCUCAUACCAACUGGAAGAACCAGCUCAGUCAUCAGUUCAUCUCCAUGUUGUUGGGAUUUCUUGUAAGUGGUGCUUACAUUAGAAAGUGAUGGGUGCAUGGUCUGUAUUGUCAUGCACUGAGAAGGAUCAAAGAAACCCCCUACUGAGCUCUAAUGAGCACUGAACAGCUCAUUACCAAGUACAAGUAGAGCAGCAGGGUGUAUAGAAAAGAUACCCUUAUUCACACAGGAAGGGGGUUUCUACAUCAGAUUUGCACAGCAUUUGGACAUGACUACAUUGGUUCAGGAUGAGGGAUUUUCCUCGUAGCCUCAAGACGUGUGUCACUCACCCUGUGACACGAAACAGCCAGGACCAGCAACAGAGCAAGUGGGUCUGCUCUCAUUGGUCCUGCCUCUAGAAGCUCAAUGCGUUUGACUCCUGGGCAAGAGACUGGGAGCCCCUCCAAAAAGAAACACUCCCUUCUUCUCUCACCCUGAGAA